CCUCGCUCCAACUCAUUCAAUUCAGUGUAAAGCGAACCAGCCAUUGCUACAGAGGGAAUCCAUGGAUUCGUCGUCUCUUCUCCUCUUGUUGUUGCUGGGUUUCUUUUGUUUUGCUGAGUUCACAUCCCAUGCUCAACUUAUUCCAGAAGAUGAAGUGCAAACUCUUAAAACAAUAUCGACAAAGCUAAACUACAAAUAUUGGAACAUAGGCCAAAGCUCAUGCAGUGGAGGUUUCAACCGAGCCAUCGAUGAUAAUAGUUAUAGCAAUGUCACAUGCAACUGCACCUUCAACGAAGAAACUGUUUGCCAUGUCACAAAAAUCCAGUUGAAGGGUCUUGAUUUAGAUGGAACUUUACCGGAUGAGUUUGGAGAUCUUCCUUAUCUGCAAGAAAUUGAUCUCUCCCGAAACUAUAUCAAUGGAUUGAUCCCUAAAAGUCUUGGUCGGCUUUCUCUUACCAAUCUCUCUCUUUUUGGAAACAGAAUCUCUGGGUCAAUUCCUGAUGAAAUCAGUAAUAUCAGUACACUUGAGGAGCUGGUCUUGGAAGCUAAUCAGCUUGGAGAACAUCUCCCUCCAAGUCUUGGAAAGUUGAGUCAUUUAAGAAGACUUGUUCUCUCUGCAAACAAUUUCACAGGAACAAUACCAGAAAAUUUUCACAAUCUCAAGAACCUAAUUGAUUUUAGGAUAGAUGGGAAUAAUUUAUCUGGGAAGAUACCAGAUUGGAUUGGGAAUUGGACCAAACUUGAGAAACUGUCUCUACAAGGCACAUCAAUGGACGGGCCCAUUCCUUCUAUUAUAUCCCAGUUCAAAAACUUAACCGAGUUGUUAAUAUCUGAUUUGAGUGGACCGACUACAUCUUUCCCCAAUUUGACGGAUAUGAACAACUUAAAAAUAUUGGUGAUGAGAAAUUGCUCCAUUACAGGUGAAAUCCCAGAAGACAUUGGAAAUAUUGAAAGUUUAAAACUUUUAGACCUGAGCUUCAACAGACUGAGUGGUACAAUUCCAAAGAGCUUUAAGCAAGAAAAGAAGGACAAAACAAAACUCGAUUUCAUGUUUCUCACCAACAACUCACUGACUGGAGAAGUGCCCAGCUGGAUAAGAUUGGACACUGAAAACAAAAUUGAUUUAUCUUACAACAAUUUUACAGGGCCGCACCUUGAUUCUUGCGAAUACCCCGUGAACUUGGUCUCCAGUUAUGCAUCUUCAGCAAGAAACAUGACCUGGUGCUUACAGAAGGAUCUCCCAUGCUCUGGAAAAGCCGAACACUAUUCCUUGUAUAUCAAUUGUGGAGGAGAGAACACAACUUUAAAAGGGAAGACAUAUGAAAAAGAUGAUGGAAUUGAGGGUGCAUCACAGUUCUCUAUUGAUAGUACAAACAAAUGGGCUUAUAGCAGUACAGGGGCUUUCAUAGGCCAUACGGAUAAUAGUUACUUAGCCAAAACCACAUUUUGUUUGAACUCAGAGGAUGCAGUGAUCUACCAAACUGCUCGUCUUGCUCCCAUCUCACUCAAGUAUUAUGGGCUUUGCUUGCGAAAGGGCAGUUAUAAAGUGCGACUCUACUUCGCUGAAAUCAUGUUUUCUAAUGACCAGACAUUUGAUAGCCUUGGGAAACGCUUGUUCGAUGUUUCAAUUCAAGGAAAUGUAGUUUUGAGGGAUUUUAAUAUCAUGGAAGAAGCUGAAGGUGCUAGUAAGGGCAUUUAUAGGGAUUUUGAUGCUUCAGUUGAUGGUAGCACUCUGGAGAUCCACUUAUACUGGACAGGCAAAGGGACUAAUUCCAUUCCGAAUAGAGGUGUAUAUGGACCUCUUAUAUCUGCUAUUGCAGUGACACCAAAUUAUGAUACCUCCAAGCCGGGACGGUCUAUUGGAGAUAUCAUCGGCAUAGUGAUAACUUCAUGUGUGGUCCUCAUAUUGAUUUUGGUAGUCCUACGAAUGAAAGGCUACUUAGGAGGAAAAGACCUUGAAGAUAGAGAACUACGUGAGCUACAGAUGCAAACUGGUUAUUUUAGUUUACGGCAGAUCGAAGCUGCUACUAAUAACUUUGACUCUGCAAAUAAGAUUGGUGAAGGUGGAUUUGGCCCAGUUUACAAGGGUGUACUGUCAGAUGGUUCAGUAAUUGCUGUUAAGCAGCUCUCUUCUAAAUCAAAGCAAGGGAACCGAGAAUUUGUAAAUGAAAUAGGCAUGAUAUCUGCCUUACAACACCCAAAUCUUGUGAAGCUUUAUGGCUGUUGUAUUGAAGGGAACCAGUUGUUGCUCAUUUACGAAUAUUUGGAAAACAAUAGUCUUGCACGUGCACUUUUUGGUCGGGAUGAACAGCGGCUAAAUUUGGACUGGCCAACUAGGAAGAAGAUAUGCUUGGGGAUCGCAAGGGGAUUGGCAUAUCUUCAUGAGGAGUCAAGAUUGAAAAUUGUUCAUAGAGAUAUAAAGGCAACAAAUGUGCUUCUUGAUAAGAAUCUAAAUGCUAAGAUAUCCGACUUUGGCUUGGCUAAGCUGGAUGAAGACGAGAACACCCAUAUCAGCACACGGAUAGCUGGAACAAUAGGAUACAUGGCUCCUGAAUAUGCAAUGAGGGGUUAUUUGACGGACAAAGCUGAUGUUUACAGCUUUGGAGUUGUUGCUUUAGAGAUUGUCAGCGGGAAAAGCAACACCAAUUACAGGCCAAAGGAAGAGUUUGUUUAUCUUCUUGAUUGGGCUUAUGUCCUGCACGGGCAGGGAAAACUUCUGGAGCUGGUGGAUCCAAAUCUUGGUUCAAACUACUCAGAAGAGGAGGUGAUGAGGAUGCUGAACUUGGCCCUCUUAUGCACCAACCAGUCUCCCACUCUCAGGCCAUCCAUGUCCUCUGUAGUGAGUAUGCUUGACGGCCAAAUUGCAGUCCAAGCACCAACAACCAAGCUUGAUACUAUGAACGCGGAAAUGAGAUUCAAAGCCUUUGAGAAGCUCUCACUGGGCAGCCAGUCUCAUGUCUCCACAUUCUCUGUAGAAAGUCAGGUCCAAGGCAGCACAUCAGUUGAUGAGCCAUGGAUUGAUUGCUCAAUUUCCCUCCAUAGCAGAGAAGAAACAAGUGACUUUUCUUCAUCAAGCAAGCUUCUUACAGGACACCAAGAUCUUUAGAGUAUACAUUUGGACUGAUCAAUGAAAAUAUGAGGUUUUAUCCUGUGGAAAAUCUUUUUAAUGGAGCUUUAGCUUUGGCUAUUCGUGACCAAGAAACCACCGUUUUUGCUUGGUGGGUCGAGAAUGCCCGACUUAUCAAUUUAUCCGGCAAACUACUUGGGGCUCAUGUAGUCCAUGCCAGAUUAAUCGUAUUCUGGAUCGGAGCAAUGAAAUUAUUUGAAGCGGCUGAUUUCGUACCAAAGAAGUCCUGAACAAUGAUUAAUUUUACUUCCCUACCUAGCUACUCUAGGUUGGGGUAGGUCCUCAUCGGGAAGUUAUAGACACCUAUCCAUACAUAUCUAGUACUUCACUUAAUUUCCUCGGGUGUCUUUUGCUUUUCUGAGUUCACGUCAUGUGCUCAGUUUACAACGGAAGAGGAAGGUUCCAGAAGCUCUGUAAUUUUCUUUUCUUCUCUUUUCAUUUUUGCCGAAAUGUAACUUGGGUUUUGUGUAGGAUCUGGUUUUGCUAGGGAAAUUUGAGGAAAAGAAUAGUAAAUUUGAUGUUGGAAUUUGGGUUUUCCGAACUCUUUGCUUUGAUUUGUUUUCUUCACUGCUUUAAGUUUAUGGACUGUUAUUCUUCUAAUCUUGUCCACGUUCUGGAAAUUCUUGAAGCAACAGAAAAGGAGGGGUGUCAGAUUUUGUUUUCAUUUUCUUCUCUUCAUUUCUUCUGUUUUCUCUACAACCAAACAGUGGGUUGCAUUAGUCACUUCUGUGCUUAGUUAUACUGACUUUAAUCCAUGAAUAUUGUUUACUUUCUCAUUUGGGUCUCUGAAUAUUCAUGCAUCAAAAUUGAUCUUCAGACACCCUUAGUUUGG